AUGCGGCGACUGGGAGAGGAAGCCAGACGUGGCCCGCAGCGUCAGGCUGGCCCUCACUCUGGCGUGCCGUCUCCCGUCAGUCUCCAAGCGUGGUUCGAGGAGCUUGCCCAGAACCGAACGCCCACAGAGAACUACAUGGAUCAGGACCCGACAGCCACAGCAUCCGGCCUGCCUCACUGGUUCAUCCCUGGCCACGCUGGGGCCUGCUGGGAAUUGCCUCAUCUUUGUCGGGUGAAUUCGCAUAGGCGGUUUCCCGCACAGUCACGAUGCCCUGUGAAGGCUCCGAUGGACACUUCCGGCGUGCAGCAACUGACACCCACUCAGACCUUGCGGGCUAUCCAUCCCACUGCACGUGACCGUCGGCAGGGCCGUCGCUCUGUCAGUGCGCCGCGGCUGUCCCGAGGUCACCAUGUACCGCCAGAACGACGUAAUCCCCUUCCUGUGCGCCGAUCGAACAUGCCCAACAACUUGUUGGACUUCCGCUCCAUCCGGGUCUUUUCACCACUGACGCCGCUGGCCCGGGAAAUGCAGAUGUUUCAUCGGGCGACCGGUGCUCAGGUCUCGGCCCGGCCUGCAGCCGAGCAGGUCUUCACCAUGGAGAGGCUGCGGGAGAUUACCGCAGAGCGCCUUCGAAUGAUGCAGGAGGGUGGGCCCUUUGCCAUGAGCGCCUUUGCCGGAGCCGCGGGAGCCGCGGUAGCCGCGGGAGCCCCGGCUCCCUGGCCCGGCCAGCGGGGCCUCGGCCUCUCACCCGAAGAGCUUCUGACGGUGCGGACUGUCUGGAAGGUGAGCCGCGAGUCCGAGCUUUGCGCUGACUUCGACUGCUGUGCUAUUUGCUUGGACGGAAGCGACGACAAGCGCGAGCUGAUUGCCUUGCCGUGUGAGCAUGUGUUCUGUGCAGACUGCUUGUGCACAUGGCUGGCCCGCAAUCCAACUUGCGUCUUAUGCAAGAAAGACAUGCGACUCGCUGUGGCUAAGCUACGGCGAUGGCACAGAACCUCGGGCGAAGACAGUGCUCAAACAUAG